UUCGCUUGCAAGCAAAGGCUUCCAGUAACGACUGCUGGGGGUCGUUGUCGUUGGGGUGCAGGGUUUUGAGUGGGCGAAUAUGGCAAUCGAUGUGUUUCGACUAUGUACAGGCCUUCGGGUGUUGGGAUCUUUCAUGGUGCUAGUGGUCCUCGCGGUAGUGGGGCUUUCUUACUAUGCUGUUGUGAUUGCCAAUUACGGGCCCGAGCUCAUGGAGGGGGGUAGCAGGACCCUAUGGGCGCUGGUGGUGCUGAUUAUCUUUCAUGUUCUACUAGUCAUGCUUCUCUGGUGCUACUUCGCUGUUGUCCUGACUGAUCCUGGGGAGGUUCCUCCUGGCUGGCGACCAUCUGCCGAGGAGCUUGACCUUGAGGGGGCCUCGGCCACAGUGCCGCUGACUUGUGGGGCAGGGUCCAUGGACCUCGUGGGGGGCACUGUUGGGGGGUAUAUAUCUGGAACAGGGAGUUUGGCUAGGCUAGAUAUACCCUCUACCGUCACCUCUUCUCUUUCGGCAUCGGCCACGGAUGGUUUCCCCUCCCCGGUUUCCGGCACCCCUGGGCCCCCUCCUGUCGUCGCGGGCGAUGGCCGAGCAGCUGUUGGUGCUGGCACGGGGCAUGAGCGUGUCCGCUACUGCCGUAAAUGCUGCGCCUACAAGCCGCCACGUUGCCACCAUUGCUCUGUCUGUGGUCGAUGUGUUCUCAAGAUGGAUCAUCACUGUAUCUGGGUUGCGAAUUGCGUAGGUGCCUGCAACUACAAGUUCUUCCUGCUCUUUCUGGUCUACACAAUGUUGGAGACCUCCUUCGUUUCUAUCGUGUUGCUUCCUCAGUCCAUUGCGUUCUUUAAGAAUGGCGAUGCUGACGGUCCGGGUGCAGGUAUUCCUGGCCGUGCGGGCACGACCUUCCUCGGUUUCGUCUUCAAUCUCGCGUUUGCUCUCAGCGUCCUCAGCUUCCUGUUGAUGCAUCUCUCCCUUGUUUCAAAUAAUACAACCACGAUCGAGGCGUACGAGAAGAACAUUUCUAGUCGCUGGCGGUACGACAUAGGCCGCCGGAGGAACUGGGAGCAAGUCUUCGGAAUGAAGAAGUGGUCCUGGAUUCUGCCGGUCUAUGACGACGAUGACCUGCGACGGAUGCCUGCGCUUCAUGGACUGGAUUUCCCCUGUAGAACUGACGUUGACACGCAAGAAUACUGACAGGCUGGCAUGCUGAUGUGGCGGGUCAUCCUUACGAGAGGUAGACUGAACAAUUAUUUGAUUGGUGGGUUGGCUGAUUGAUUAAUUUGCCGAAUGUCAUUUUGAUUCCGCUGUGCGUGUUGUUUAGGAGGGGCGUGCAAAUGGAUCAUCCAGGAAAGGAUUGCAGAUUGUGCAGCGCAUUUCCGAUCGUAACCAAUCUUUUCUGAAGUCUCCAUUUCUGACAUAGCUGUUGCUCCCUAAAAUGGGAAGCAAGUAUUGAUUCUGGUAUCGUCUUUAUGCGAUGUACAUGUAGUUCGUUCGUUCGGGGAGUAUGUAUGGCAGAGGACUUGCAGGAAUUUAACCGGGUUUAUAAGGAGGGGGGGCGGUUGGGGGGGGUAAAAUGUAAGGGUUAUCGAAGAAAGAAGGGGGGAGGAGAUAAUAUAUGAGGGUUAUCGAAGAUGCGGCGGCAAGUCGGGGCGUCAUCUGAGGAGGUUUUAACGAAGAGUGAGGUUUCUAAUUAGUGGUGUAUGGGUGGAAGGUCCUUGAAAGAGGUGAGGAGGCUUUCCCGUGGUAUGGUAUGGUGCUGCUAGCUCCGACAACCUCAGCAUUGGGAUAAUGAUGGAGGGGGUCGGUGCUGGCACACCCAAGUGGAUUGCAGGCUCUCUCAGCUUGCAAUGAAGGCGCACUGAAAAG